GCCAUGAUAUCCUUCCAAAAUUGAGCCGGCGAUAUCAGAGGUGAUGUGGCGUGCGCGCACCGGAGUUACGGAAAAGUAUGCAUCUCAGUAUCUCAGUAUCAGUGAGUGGCUUGUCCACUGCCCAGCGGCCGCACCGUGCAGAUCUAAAAGUAGAAAACCCCGAUUCAUCCGUGGGCCAUGCAUACUACACACAUACAUGCAUACCGUCUGCGCACGCCCACCCACGGGAUCGAAAAGGCACACACUUGAAUGAGUCUCCAUCAACCAAACGAGACAAACGCCUCCCUCUCACCCUCCCUCCACAGAAUCGCCGACGCCGACACAGACUACUUUCAAGUCUCGAAUAUCUAUCAAGGCCAGGCCAGACCAAUCUACUAUCCACUCCGUUACCCGUGCGUAGAAAAAUAAACAGUGCUCCUAGCUAUAUACUCCAGAUAGGCAUGUAUGUGUGUAGAUAUGUGUUGCUGGAUGCAAACGUACGGCGUCAGUGCGUCUUUGGCCAUGGCAUGCAUGAGCAUGAGCACGAGCAUGAUGAGCAUGAGUACGAGCAUGAUGAGCAUGAGCAUGAGCGUGGAGGCGCUUCCGGGAAACGAAACGAGACGAUACGAGACAGAACAGAACGGGACAGAACAGGAGUCGAAACAGAACGAGACAAAAUGAUAAGUGAUAACUGAAUACAUAAGUAGGGAAGAGUGGAGUGGAGAGUGGAGUGAAAGGUCUCUUAAUUCCGGUAAAGAUUGGGGCAAGUGAUGGGGCAAGUGAUG